UAUACGCGGGCGUGUUUGAAUCUGGUCCGAGCGCGGGAAACUAUGGGUCUGUGGUGAGGUGAGCGCCGCGCGGUGAGUUGGGUGGGAGGUGAGUAGGACCGGGCGGCCGGCGACCGCGGCUGGGCGGCGGACACCGUCGCGGAUCUCACGUCCGCGGCCGCCAUCGGUUUCGAGCGCUUGUGGAGCGGGAUCCCCCCCGGCUGACUGGGAAAGAUCCCAGACCGAGAGGCGGGUCUCGCCAGGGAGGAUCUCAGCCUGGAACCCGGGUUCACUAGGUAGGACCUCAGACUAGGACGACCCCGGGAGAGGGCCCGAAUCUGACUGGCGAGGACUCCGGAAAAUGACCUGCGCACAGUAGGGAGGCUCUCAGGCAAGGACCUGAUGCAGACUACGGAGGACCGGGGACGCAGACCUGAGUCUGACUAGAGAAGACCCCUGAGAAGGAGCCUGGGGUUGUAAGGCUCCCUUAGAACAGUCACAUCCGUCAUGGAAAAACGUGAGGCGUUCAUCCAAGCAGUAUCUAAGGAGUUGGUUGAAGAAUUUCUGCAGUUUCUUCAACUUGAUAAAGAUUCUUCUAGUCCUUUCAGCUUAAGUGAACUACUAGAUGAAUUAUCAAGGAAACAGAAAGAAGAAUUAUGGCAAAGACUGAAGGACUUACUAACAGAAACAUUGUUGGAAAGCCCUGUGGACAGGUGGCAGACAGUGGAAGACGAGGGUGCAGAUGAUAUGGAAUCAGAGCACAGUCCAAAGAUGAGAAAGAGCAUAAAAAUAAUAUGUGCAAUUGUGACUGUAAUUCUUGCUUCUGUAUCUAUAAUAAAUGAACAUGAGAACUAUGGAGCCCUCCUGGAGUGUGCUGUUAUAUUGAAUGGUAUUUUAUAUGCAUUACCUGAAUCUGAACAAAAACUCCAGAACUCUAUUCAGGAUCUGUGUGUCAAAUGGUGGGAAAGGGGCCUUCCUGCCAAGGAGGACAUGGGAAAGACUGCAUUUAUCAUGCUGCUGAGGAGGAGUCUGGAGACCAAAUCAGGGGCAGAUGUGUGUCGGCUGUGGCGCAUCCAUCAGGCUUUGUAUUGCUUUGAUUAUGAUUGGGAGGAAAGUAGAGAAAUUAAAGAUAUGCUACUUGAGUGCUUCAUAAAUGUUAAUUACAUCAAGAAGGAAGAGGGAAGAAGAUUUCUUAGUUUUCUCUUUAGUUGGAAUGUAGACUUUAUUAAAAUGAUCCAUGAGACCAUUAAAAACCAGUUAGCUGGAUUACAAAAGUCUUUGAUGGUACACAUUGCAGAAAUUUAUUUCAGAGCUUGGAAAAAGGCUUCGGGGAAAAUGUUGGAGACCAUUGAAUAUGACUGCAUCCAGGACUUCAUGUUCCAUGGCAUCCACCUUCUAAGGAGGUCUCCAGUGCACUCCAAAGUCCGAGAGGUGCUGAGUUACUUUCACCAACAGAAAGUCCGUCAGGGAGUGGAAGAGAUGCUGUAUAGGUUAUAUAAGCCCAUCCUGUGGAGGGGACUAAAGGCCAGAAAUUCUGAAGUUCGAUCAAAUGCUGCACUGUUGUUUGUUGAAGCAUUUCCUAUUAGAGAUCCAAACUUCAUUGCUACUGAAAUGGACAGUGAAAUUCAGAAGCAGUUUGAAGAACUAUAUAACCUUAUAGAAGAUCCUUAUCCACGGGUCCGUUCCACAGGCAUCCUUGGUGUUUGUAAAAUAUCUUCUAAAUAUUGGGAAAUGAUGCCCCCUAACAUUCUUGUUGAUUUCUUGAAGAAAGUCACAGGGGAGCUGGCAUUUGAUAUAAGCUCAGCGGAUGUUCGGUGUUCUGUUUUUAAGUGUUUGCCAAUUAUUUUGGAUAACAAGCUGAGCCACCCAUUAUUAGAACAGCUUUUGCCAACACUCAGGUAUAGUCUCCAUGAUAACUCAGAGAAAGUGCGAGUGGCUUUUGUGGAUUUGCUGCUGAAGAUCAAGGCUGUGAGAGCUGCAAAGUUUUGGAAAAUAUGCCCCAUGGAGGACAUUUUGGUUCGUCUAGAAAUGGAUUCUCGGCCUGUAUCUCGACGCCUGGUGAGCCUCAUCUUCAACUCUUUUCUGCCCGUGAACCAGCCAGAGGAGGUGUGGUGUGAGCGCUGUGUCACGCUGAUCCAGAUGAAUCGCGCAGCUGCCAGGAGGUUCUAUCAGUAUGCCCAUGAGCAUACCGCCAGCACCAACAUAGCAAAGCUCAUCCAUGUCAUCCGCCACUGCUUGAACGCCUGUAUCCAGAGGACCCUGAGAGAGGGCCCAGAGGCCCAUAAGGAGUGCGAGAAGGAGAAUGCCAGUGUACUAGAUAAAACAUUGUCAGUGAACGACACUGCGUCCAUGGCAGGCUUACUAGAAAUCAUUGUGAUCCUCUGGAAGAACAUCCAUAGAAGCCUGGAAAAUAAUAAAGAGGCUAAAAUUUAUACCAUUAACAAGUUUGCAGCUGUGCUUCCAGAGUACCUGAAGGUAUUCAAGGAUGAGCGCUGCAAGAUCCCUUUGUUCAUGCUAAUGUCCUUCUUGCCAGCCUCUGCUGUCCCUGUGUUCAGCUGUGGUGUGAUUUCUGUUCUGAGAAAUCAAGAGAGUGUUACAGGCAGGAGCUACUGUACCUUGCUUGAUUGUCUCUGUUCCUGGGGGCAAGUGGGGCAUGUCCUGGAGCUCAUUGUGGACUGGCUGCCUACAGUGCCACCUCAAGCCAAGAGUAACUUGGCCUCUAAACGGAAAGUGGAAAUCAAUGACACGUGCUCAGUGAAACCUGAGUUAGCAUUGUUGUACAUGGAGUAUUUGCUGACCCAUCCCAAGAAUCGAGAGUGUCUCCUCUCUGUACCCCAGAAGAAACUGAACCAGCUUUUAAAAGCACUCGAGGGAUCCAAGGCAGAACUGGAAUCAUUUCUUCAGUCUCCAAGUGGGAAUCCUCUCAACUUCAACAAAGCAACUGCCCUGCAUGCCUUUGGUCUGUACUGUCGGAUGAGCGUCCAUCUUCAGUACAAGUUCUGCUCAGAAGAGAAAAUUCAUCUGUCCAUCUUGGAUGACACUGGGUCUUGGUUAGAAAACAAAGUUUUACCUCUUCUUGAAGACCAAGAAGAGGAGUAUCUGAAGCUUCGGAAGGAUGUUUAUCAACAGAUAAUCCAGACUUACCUGGCUGUGUGUAAAGAUGUUGUUAUGGUGGGACUUGGAGAUCCUAAAUUUCAAAUGCAACUUUUACAGCGGAGUUUUGGAAUAAUGAAAACAGUGAAGGGUUUUUUUUAUGUUUCAUUACUUCUUGGCAUUCUGAAGGAGAUAGCUGGAAACACCAUAAUUCACAAAACAGAUUCAGAUGAAAAAGUCACAGUGCUGUUUGACUUAGUCCAGGAAGUGUUUCAGAAGAUGUUGGAAUGCAUUGCCUGUAUCUUCAGGAAGCAACCUGAAGAAAGUCUUCCGCUCUUUCAUUCUGUUCAGACCCCUCUUCAUGAAUUCAUCACCACUAUCCAGUCCUGGCACAAGGACACUGCAGUGCACCAUGCUGUGCUUUCUACUUUGAUUGCUGCACCUGUGGUUGAGAUAAGUCACCAGCUGCAGAAGGUUUCUGAUAUAGAAGAGCUGACCUUUCCACAAUAUCUUCAUGACCUUCCUCCAUUUUCAAGGUGUUUAGUGGGAGUAAUCAUGAAGUCUUCGGAUGUGGUCAGGUCAUUUUUGGAUGAACUAAAGGCAUGUGUAACUUCUGGUGAUGUUGAAGGCAUUGUGUGCCUUACAGCUGUUCUGCAUAUUAUUUUGGUUAUUAACAAAGGUAAACAUAUGAGUGCAAAGGUGAAGGAAGUUGCAGCAGCUGUGAACAGAAAGCUGAAGACCUUCAUGGAGAUCACUUUGGAAGAGGAUAGCCUUGAAAGAUUCCUGUAUGAGUCAUCAAUGAGAACUUUGGGAGAAUUUCUGAAUCCAUGACAAAACCACCGUCUCUGGACUAAGCCCGGAGUCCUGAGUCUGUAAGGACCACAGCCAGGUCUGUCGGUGCCCAAAGAUGGAGAACAGUACAGCACUGGUGCUCUACCAUAUACCCUGUGCCUUUAACCAGCUUGCAGAGAUGGAGAAUGGUGAAAGUCAUGUGAGAGAAAGACUGGCAAACAGCUCACCACUCUCUCCAGAAGAGCUGGCAAAGCUUGUAGGAACUGUGGCAUGGGCAGCUCUUACGUUCCUUGGCCUAUGACUUACCCAUUAUUUAUUAUUUGUUGUGAAAUUCUCCUGGAACANAUUUCUCUUUGGCCUUUCAGCAGGGCUAUCAUUAGCCCACACAGGACCUUUCUUCAAAAGACAAAAAGAAUCACUUCUUCAAAAUAUUUUAUUGCCCCCUGUUGAACAGUUGUAAUAUAUACACUGAUAUGAAGUGUCUGCUUACUCCAUUGCACUUGGGCUCAGCUCAACUCUUACAUCUGAGCUGUGACUUUUACAUUUUAGCCUUACUCUAAGGGCAACAGCCUCCUUCUACAAAAGGCAUUCUCAGUUCAGAGAAGACUUCUUCUUUGAGUGUUGCUGUGUACUAUGCAUAUUCAGGGACAGAGCAGGCAUUAAGAAAAAAACAAAAACAAAACAAAAAGGCCCAAAAGCCAACCAAAGUGGAAGUGAAUUGAGGAAGGCCUGGACUAGGAGUGAGUUGCCACCUAGAAAUGAUUGUUGUUUCUCAAGCCACAGUGAAGUAUUGCUCAGUGGAUAUACGUGCCCAGUUGCCUCUGUUUUCCCUCUGCANGUCGAUGGCAAAGGCAUCAGCCUUUUCCUGUAUUGACUAUUGAAGAGUAACCAAAGAACUCAAAAGUUAAAGGGUUGCCCUGGUCCUGUAUAAAUGAUGGGUUAAUGAUACGAAAGAGAAAAAGGAUCUUGUUUAAAAGUGACAUAAUAUGCAGCCAUACAUAGGCAAUAAUGUGUUCAUGUCCUUCGUUAAAAAUGCUUUAAAAUGCUAGGAGGAACCAUGGCACUAGCACCUGGGCUGUAGGGCAAUGCUAGACUUCUAUAGUCUGUGUUACCCCCCCCCCCCUCAGCAUCCUUUCCCCAUCAAAGACUCUGGCAAGUAGGGCUGAGUAGCCUUAGAGAGCUCAGGUAUGACUGACUACACUGGCCAUGGAGGAUGGCCUCAGCAGGUGGGAAAGAGGAAAGGUAGCCAGAUCAGGCUGAGGAUUUGACAUCACACAGGAUUAGACAGUUGCAGAAGUUGAACCAGUUUGCCUUGUAGGCAGCUAUAACGACAAAUGCAACAAGGAUAUGAGGGAAGUUGGCAAACUAACAAGAACAAAUGCAACAAGGAUAUGAGGGAAAUUGGCAAACUAACAAGACUUGACUUUGAAUGAUGUAAUGUCCUGCUGGGAGGAUCAUUAGUAUAAUGAGAAGAAUUCACAUCAUGACAUAGAAUGCCUUGCAACUUACUGAGCUGAUUAUCCUCCAACUCUUAGGACUUUUAAAAAUAAUCAUGAUUGGAUUGUUUUAGUUCUCUUAUUUUUAUGAGGUGGUUAUAUUGAAGAAGAAGGAAGGUAGAGUCAAGAUAUCUGGUCCCUGAAAGUUAGAUGUCAGAUGAUUUCAAAAUUAUAGCUAAAUUUUUUAAAUACUCUGCUUUUCAUUGAUGGGUGAGGCCUACAAUAUUCAUUUUAAUAGACAAAAAGGAACAUCAGCAAUACUUUGUUUAAUUUAUAGACUAACUUGGUCUGAGGUUUCAAAGACUGUUGAAUGCUAAUCCCUAGACAUUGUCUUUACUUUCAGUCUGAACACUCUCAUGAGGUGACCAUUGUUACCCUUGUUAGAAGUACUAAGAUUAGGUUUUAAAAGCAAUUUUUCCUAUGUACUUACUUAUGGAUGGCACAGUUUGGACAGGUAGUAUUAUUCCUUGGUCAAAAUAUUUCAGCUAAAUAUUGAAUGAAUUGGAAUUAUUAGGCAUAUUUUUCUUGCUAUUAAUCUUGAUUACAUAAAGAUUGGGCUGGUAAAAUUAAAAUUUUAAAAUAUUGCUGCUAAAGACAAGGCCUUUGACUGACCUGAGAAGUCAGUUACUUCUUUCCUUUUUCAGUACAUCAAAUAACAAUGUGUGAUACAGGUGUUUUCUUUUGGGCAUAAGAAAAAACACUAAAAAGCAAAAAUAAACGAGGAAAAACAACAGCAACAAAACAAAAUGUAAAAAUGUAGAUAGACUCGAGGCAUAUUGUGUUUAGGGUCAACUAAUACAAGUUGUUAAGCUUGUGGCUACAAAGCGUUUGAUAAUAUAUAUGAAAAGCUCUAGACAUUUUUGAAACACAACCUAGCUAAUGCUGUCUCUUAUCUGUUGGAGAACGUCCAAAUUUUUUUACAUUCCAAGCCCUUAUGCCCAAGAUUUAGAAUGAAUGGUAUUAUUCAUCAUACCUCCUACUGACAGGUUUGGUUUAUGCAUCAUUUUUAGGCACUUAGGGAGGAGCUCAGGGAGGAGCUCACAGGUUGAUAACUUUGUAAUGAGAGACAUGGGAGGUGCGCCUGUAUUCUUAUAUCAUCCUAGCACCAAUACUUAACAUAUUUAGGUUGUCACAGUCAGAUGGCUCAAGAAAUGUUUGCAUUAGACUUUAAAGCAGUACAGAGGGUAUAUUUUUUUUCUCUCAUUGG